AUGGUGCGAAGCUUAUCAAGUGCGCAGGGCGACCUCGGAUGCCUCAGGUUGAAGAGAGUUCUGACGCUACAACUAUUCGCGUUCCUACUCCAGAGACUUCUCCUGCUCGUGCUCAUGGAACUUCAGACUCGCAGCCUGCUUCUCGAUGGCCUCGAUCUCCCUCUCGCUCACGAUAAGGUGGACAUCUCCGAGACCAUCUACGGCUCCAUCCCCAAGCUCACUAGCGAAUGGGUGCCGAGCGACCAGCUUGGCCAAGUUGCCACGAUGCUCUAG